CGUGUCCUCGGGCCCCGGGACGGCUUCAGGCCGUGUCCUCGGGCCCCGGGACGGCGUGAGGCCGUGUCCUCGGGCCCCGGGACGGCGUGAGGCCGUGUCCUCGGGCCUCGGGACGGCUUCAGGCCGUGUCCUCGGGCCCCGGGACGGCGUGAGGCCGUGUCCUCGGGCCUCGGGGCGGUUUGAGGCCGUGGCCUCGGGACGGAGCGGGGGGCGCCGGGAAGGGCCUGUAGGAGAGGAUCGGUCGUGGGCUCUGAGGGGCCAGGAAGGACCGGCCGGUUUCUGGCGCUGGAGCCUCAGAGUCGGGGUCUUCUGCGGGCAGCGGUGGCUGAAACCGGGCGGUUCGCUGUUGAGAGGUGUCCCUGAGCCCCUCUGGGCCCCUGGAUGAAGCUCCCACUUCUUGCCGUGUUUGCCCUGGUGUCUGUGGCUCACUGCGAGGAUGGUGCCAGACUCCUGGCCUCCAAAUCCCUGUUAAACAGAUACGCAGUGGAGGGCAAGGAUUUGACUUUGCAGUACAACAUCUACAAUGUUGGCUCCAGUGCUGCCCUAGAUGUGGAGCUGUCGGAUGAUUCCUUCCCCCCAGAAGAUUUUGGCAUCGUCUCUGGCAUGCUCAGUGUCAAGUGGGACAGGAUUGCUCCAGCGAGCAACGUGUCCCACACCGUGGUUCUACGGCCUCUCAAGGCUGGGUACUUCAACUUCACCUCUGCCACCAUCACGUACCUGGCUCAGGAGGGUGCCCAGGUGGUGGUUGGCUUCACUAGUGCUCCCGGACAGGGAGGAAUCCUGGCUCAGCGUGACUUCGACAGGAGGUUCUCCCCUCACUUUCUGGACUGGGCGGCAUUUGGCGUGAUGACCCUGCCCUCCAUCGGGAUCCCCCUGCUGCUCUGGUACUCGAGCAAGAGGAAGUAUGACACCCCCAAGAGCAAAAAGAACUGAGCAGAGUCCAAUGCCAGCAGCAGCCCAGAGCUCGGGAAAGGAUAACCCCAAACCCCCAAGAACAGCAGCUGGGUGGGGAUGGCACAGUCCCCUGCCAGGUGCUGCCUGCGCUGUGCUUCAGCCCUCUGGGCAAAGGAUUCGGUGGCUGCAGCAGCAGCUGUGAGGUGCCCUCUGUGUUCUAAUGGAGAAACAAGCAAACAGAAAAAAGAACAACCAGAAGUCCCAAACUGCCUUGUCCAGCCCCUUUGGAGGCGGAACCCCUCUCUCCUCUGCAGCUGCAGCAAUCUGAGGAGUGCAGCAUGUUAGUGCCUACAGGGGCCUGUCUGUGGGGCUCUGCCCCUGUGCUGCCUCCAGCUCCCAUCUGCCUGCUGCAGUUUUCUUCAGGGUACUGUUAAGAACAUGUUCAGUCUCCUGUGAAAAUGUAAAAAGUUGAAUAAAGGGCAAUAGGAGACAAGGACCAUAGAGCAAAGGUUGUUACGGCCGUGUGCAUGUUGGCACUCAACCAAGAGCACACUGGCACCUUCAGGGACACCCCUCAAAUACCUUUUCCCUUGCCUCAACCUGUUCCAUAUUCAUAGACCCUUAUGCAUAUCCGUAUUUUCUUUUGCAUAUACAUAUUCCAUAAAUUAGUUUACACGGCUC